AUGGGGUCAGACUACCCUGAUGAUGGGCAUAUCUUUGUAUGCGUGCGUGUUCGUGAUGUCGCCACGGUACCAGGCAUGGCUGUUAAUAACACCGCUCCACGACGCUUGAUGCGGGAAAACAUCAAAGAUGCCCAGCGUAUUUGUGUCUCCACGCUUGAGAAUGUGGUGGUGCUGCAUGACCCAAGGUCCAUUGAUGACGCGUCAUGCGUGGCACGGGAUGCGGAUAGUGUGGUGCAGCUUCUCACCUCCCGCUCCUCAGGGGGGAAGUAUAAGAACCUUGCGAGGAAACUCCUGACAUCAACGGCAACAGCAAGCUACUUUGAAUACGACAAGUGUCUCAAUUCCAUGGAUGCAGACUCCAUGCUGCAGAUGCCAUUGAUUCGUGACAGUGACUUUAUUCGUCCUCCUGAGUAUGGCACACAGGAGGACGUGUAUCUCUCUACAGCGGUGCAUGCCGUGAGCGCCGCCGUUGAUGGCAUCAACUCAUGCGUUUUUGCAUACGGACAGACAGGGAGUGGCAAGACGUUUACAUUGUUUGGCGACACGACAUGUAGUCGCCGUGACCCUGGCGUGGUGCCACGCACAAUUGACGAUCUCUUCCAGCGUCUAGAAGGCCUUCGA